AUGGAGGUCGUCUAUGAGGCCACCGGCGAGAAGCUCAAGAUCCCAUUCCGUCGCAUCCACCUGACGGACGAGGACCCCGGCUGCGAUCACUUGGAUGUCUACGACACCAGCGGUCCUUCGGGUGCGGAUCCCAAGAAAGGCUUGACCAAGCUCCGGAAGAAGUGGAUCGAAGGCCGCGAGGUGGCUGAGGAUGGGACGUGCACGCAGAUGUACUACGCGAAGCAGGGGGUGAUCACCCAGGAGGGCGCCAGGGAGCGAUAUGCUGAGACGAAGAGGCGCGAGGGCAUGGACCCGGAGUUCGUCCGCUCGGAGGCCAUCAUCCCAGCAAAUCGCAACCACCCGGAGUCGGAGCCUAUGAUCAUCGGGCGCCACUUCAAGGUGAAGAUCAAUUCGAACAUCGGGAACUCUGCCGUUGCCAGGGCCUCGGUUUUGGGGUCACGGAAAGAAGCACCGGCAUCGAACAUCGAGGAGGAGGUCGAGAAGCUGCAGUGGAGCUCCCUUUGGGGCGCCGACACCCUGAUGGACCUGAGCACGGGCAAGCACAUCCACGAGACGCGGGAGUGGAUCGUCCGAAACAGCGCCAUGCCUGUGGGGACGGUGCCCAUCUACCAAGCGCUUGAGAAGGUCGACGGCAUCGCUGAGGACCUGACCUGGGAAAAGUUCCGUGAGACGUUGAUCGAGCAGGCCGAGCAGGGCGUCGAUUACUGGACCAUCCAUGCUGGUGUGCUGCUGCGAUUCGUGCCUCUGACGGCGAAGCGCCUCACGGGUAUCGUCAGCCGUGGGGGCUCCAUCCAUGCGAAGCUUUGCAUCUCCAAGCAUGAGGAAAACUUUGCCUACCAGCACUGGGAUGACAUUCUGGACAUCUGCAAGAAAUACGACGUGUCGCUGAGCAUCGGAGAUGGCCUUCGUCCCGGCUGCAUCAAGGAUGCCAACGAUGAGGCCCAGUUCGGCGAACUGAAGGUGCAGGGUGAGCUGACGCAACGUGCGUGGGCCAAAGGCGUCCAGGUGAUGAACGAAGGGCCGGGCCACGUGCCUCUGCACAAGAUUCCGGAGAACAUGCGGAAGCAGCUGGAGUGGUGCCACGAGGCGCCGUUCUACACGUUGGGACCGCUGACUACAGACAUCGCUCCGGGCUACGACCACAUCACCUCCGCUAUCGGGGCGGCCAACAUUGGUGCCAUGGGGACGGCAAUGCUGUGCUACGUCACUCCAAAGGAACACUUGGGUCUGCCAGACCGUGAGGAUGUGAAGGCCGGCAUCAUCGCCUACCGCAUCGCAGCCCAUGCUGCCGACCUGGCCAAGGGCCAUCCCAAGGCCCAGGAGUGGGAUGACGCGCUCUCCAAGGCCCGCUUUGAGUUCCGCUGGAACGACCAGUUCAAUCUCGCCCUGGAUCCCAUCACCGCACGGAGCAUGCAUGACGAGACCAUCGACUCGGAGCAGGGCAAGUCGGCACACUUCUGCUCCAUGUGCGGCCCGAAGUUCUGCUCCAUGAAGAUCACCGACGAUGUGCGCAAGUAUGCAGAGGAGCGCGGUUACGGUGAUGAGGAUGGCGAGACCGUCCUGAAGGAGGGCAUGAAAGAGAUGAGCAAGAAGUUCGCGGAAGUGGGGAGUGAGGUCUACAUGCCGAUAGAGUCGCUGGACGCUCGCUGA